AUGUCCUGUUUAGCGCAGCAUUUGACGCUGUGCCUGCUGGGCGACUCGCCCUCAGUCGCUGCCCUCCACUUGCUCGUGGCAUCCGCCUUGGCCAACAACAGUAUGGCGGCGGCACGCGGCACGAGCCAUCACGUCGUUGUGGCGUCCAAGAACCCAGUCAAGGUGGGCGCCGCGCGAGAUGGAUUUGAAAAGUCGUAUCCAGGCCAUAAGUUUGCCGUCACUGGCGUGAACGUCCCAUCUGGCGUGUCGACGCAACCCAUGACGAGUCGGGAGACGUUGGUCGGCGCGACGAACCGACUGCACGCAGCGCGCGAGCGCGUUCCAGACGCAGACUUUUGGGUCGGCAUCGAAGGCGGCGUCGAGCAAACGAUUGUUGGCGACGGACACGAUCCGCACGUGAUGGAAGUGUUUGCGUGGAUUGUGGUGGAGGCCGCGGACGGCACGCAAGGCAUGAGUCGAACAGGAUCGUUCUACCUUCCCGAAGGAGUCGUCAAGCUCGUUGUGGGUGGCUUGGAACUUGGCCAUGCAGACGAUCAAGAGUUUGGGCGGACCAACUCGAAGCAUCAAACCGGCACAGUCGGGCUGCUCACAGACGACCGCAUCACGCGGCAAUCGUACUACGAACACGCCGUCUUGCUGGCGCUCAUUCCACUCAAAAACUCUCAGUUUCGCUUUGCCUUGCCGACAGUGCACCUUUAAUACGUAUCGACGGAGGGCAACGAUGACUCUGCGACUCAAACUACGCGUAACAUCCCACCAUGCACCGACGGUGGCGCGGAAACCCCGCUUCGAGCCUCCUCAAUUGCUCUCUGAACUUAUGAAUGCACUGGCAUAUGGAGGAGCGCAAGCUUUACUUUCCUUGCGACUCGGCCUUCUUCAGCGUAGAGGCUGCCGACUCCGACCCCCGUAAAAGCCGUCGAGGACAUUGGUCUACACUGAUUGUCGGCAUGCCAUUGCGUGAGAGUGUUGUCGAACGGUCUGGAGCUGCAUGUGCGGUCCAGGCAACGUCACCACUGCAAAUCUGUGGCUGUGCGCGGUGAACCACACCGUUCGAGUCUGGAACAUGACGCCCCCCCUUGUCCAUGCCAGCAUCCCCCCCUUCAACGACACCACCAAUUCCCCUGAAAAUGAAAUCAUCACAUUCCCUGUCGGGCCUGUUCUUCCAUCGGCCACAAGCUCACCCCUCGAUGGACCGCGAGCCGCGACCGUCUCUUCUUGGUCCAACGAGUCGGUCGCUGUGACUGCUGCUGUUUCCGGAGUUCUUGUCACCGUCGCUGUUGGCUGGGCUUGCCGAAUCCGACAAAUGCGCGCCACCAUGACACGGGGACACUCGGAUGAUAGCGGCCCGCUCGAUUAUACUUGCGAAGGCAGCCCUGUCGAUCACUCGGCCCUAGCAACACCUUCAUCGCCAUGACGUACUCGGAUAUCGAGUGUUGGCAUAAUACAUGGUCGGUUCCUUUCCGA